UCCCCGCAGGGCCUGCGGACAGGGACAAAGGCGAGACCCUGCCACGCCGGACGCCGGAGCAAGCCACACUUCCAAGGAACUUCUCCAGGAGCGGCCCAUGCGCCUCUCCUGGUGCUUUGAGAGGGGCACUGACCCUUGCCUUGGUUGAGCCCUGACCUCUUGGCUCAGGGCCACUGGAAAUGCUAGUCCUGACUGGCUGAGGACUCUGCGCCGCCCUGAGAGGCAGGUUAGAUGACCGAGGAUGGAGGAGGAAGGUUCUCGGCUGAAGAACCUGUCUGCUGGCUUGGGAAGGGAGGAUGGUCUCUACCCCACCUGGGUGGUGAUCACGCUGGCUGUCAUCCUCAUCAUCACCAUCACUGUGGACAUCCUGGGCAACCUCCUGGUGAUUGUCUCAGUCUUCAAGAACAAGAACCUGAGAAAAGCAGGCAACGCCUUUGUGGUGAGCUUGGCCAUUGCAGACUUACUAGUGGCUUUUUACCCUUAUCCCCUGGUCCUGAUGGCUAUUUUCCAUGACGGCUGGGUGAUGGGGUACCUCCAUUGCCAGGUCAGCGGCUUCCUGAUGGGCAUCAGCGUUAUCGGCUCCAUCUUCAACAUCACUGGCAUCGCCAUUAACCGCUACUGCUACAUCUGCCACAGCCUGAAGUACGACAAGCUUUUCUCGGGCCCCAACACCGUGUGCUACGUGGGGCUGGUUUGGGCACUCACCUUGCUGGCCAUCAUGCCGAACCUCUUUGUGGAGUCCCUGCAGUACGACCCGCGAGUGUACUCCUGCACCUUUGCCCAGUCUGUCAGCGCCCUCUACACCAUCGCCGUGGUGCUCAUCCAUUUCUUCCUCCCCAUCACCAUCGUCACCUACUGCUACCUGCGGAUUUGGGUGCUGGUCAUCCAGGUGCGCCGCAGGGUCAAGCCGGACACGCAGCCCAAAAUCAAGUCCCACGAUUUCUGGAACUUCCUGACCAUGUUCAUGGUCUUUGUGCUCUUCGCUGUGUGCUGGGCGCCGUUAAACUUCAUCGGCUUCGCGGUGGCGGUCCAGCCCACACUGGGCUCCUUGAUACCCGAGUGGCUCUUCACGGCCAGUUACUUCUUGGCCUACUUCAACAGCUGUCUGAACGCUGUGGUUUAUGGGGCGAUGAACCAUAACUUUAGGAAAGAGUACAAGAGAAUCAUACUGACUGUGUUGCAACUGGCUUACAGGGCUGAUGGAGACUAGCACCCAUGUGCUGAGCCAGAAGGGAGGAGGUUUUACUAUAGUCACACUGAUCCCCUGCUCCACUUUUAAGUGAAGUGCAAAGAAUGCAGCCAAAACAGCGAGAGGUCGGCAGAGGACACAGCUCCCUAUAUAAGCUGUCUGCAACAAGAACGGUGCAGCCCACCUUGUUCUGCAACAUACUGUCCUUUUUAGAAUGCAAUGAGGUUUGAAAACGGCCUCUCCUCGCUUAACUGCCCUGGCAUAGUCUCCCCCAGCUGGAACCAGCUAGGGCCAAGUGAUUCCUAGCAAAUGUAUUCAGUGAACUAUCCACAAACAUCUCAGCAUUUUCUCUAAUUUCUCCAUGAUUCGCCAGAUAAUUCUGUGCAUCUCAAGGAUCAUUGUGAACAGCUAGCUGAGUGUUGGAGACCCCAAAUCCAACUGGUUUCAUUUGGACCCAUGAAAUAGUUACUGUUCCAUGAUUGGAUGAGCACAAGUCCUAGCACUGAAGUUUCCUGUGUGAACACUCACCUCUAUGACUUGGGAUCUGUCUUCCCUAAGUAUUCUCCAGUAUUCACUGACUAUUUGCACUGGCCACAAGGUUACCCCAGAGUGAAAACAGAAAGGGAUGCAAACUCAGCCAAAGGGAAUUCAAUAUUUUUAUUGAAUGGUGGGAUUUUCCAGAAGCUCCCGAAGGAGACAGGUGCCUCUGAAAGCCCCACCUUACGUGAAUAUACACAAAAAUUGUAGUGUUUGCUAAGUCAUGUGAUUCCCUUGAAUGAGCUGAGGUAAUGAACCCUUUCCCUUCUCCUUGGAGCCAAGGGUGAACCCUUCAGAAAGGAAAACCCAUCAUCAGAAAACUGAAUCCACUUCAGAAGAAGACAAUCAUCAGUGAGACUUGACUGCUCCUCUGAUGAAAAACCAUCACAAUGGGAAGUGGAAACCACCACAGUGAGGCUGAAUCUAAAAGUCAGAAGAUAAUCCACAAUGACGACAAGUCCUUUGGAAAUGCCAGCGGCUCGAAGAGAGCAUGUUACCUUUCAAUGAGACCAGAUCUGGAGGCUCUUGAUAAGAUAUUUAGAACACAGGUGUGAGUACUGUUCACAUGCUGAGAGGAGCUUAUGGAAGCCAAUUUUUCUCUUGUUUGGUAUUUAAUUCAAGAGAUAUUUUGGACUAGAGGAAAAGGAGUUGGGCUCAUAUCCUUAAGGUAUUUAGGAUUCUAACUUCCAUUGAUUUCAGUGAAGAAUCUGGGCCUUGGUCCCCAGUGGCCCCAAAGGGCAAUGGUUCGUUGGGCUUGAAUUUAACAGAUUGUGGGACUGAGGAGAAGGGAAUAAGGAAGACAGAGCCAAGAUGGUUCAACAAGUCUGACCAGCAGUAAGGAAAUUAUCCACUUGUCGUACUAGCAUACGCAACAUGUUCCAGUGUGCAAUGGGGUGUGCCACCACAGAACACAUUUUGCAUGAGAUUUUUCCUUUGAUCCCUGGAGAUGUUCUGAUCUGGUUACUCCAGCAUGUAAAGCAGAAAUCUGCUUUUGUGCAUGGCCAUCCAGGAAGACACGAAAAUAUGUUUUAAAUCAGUGAUACUCAGUCUGAGGCUCGUGAGCCGCAAGUGGCUCUUUAAUGGGUUUCCUGCGGUUCUUUCCAGCACCUGCUAUUAAAACACUGUGUGACUGAAUGAUUAACCAGUCAGGAGGCUUUUACUAUGUUAUUAACCAAUUGUAGUUUAUAAAAUAAUACUACUUGGUCAGUCGUUUUGCUGUGAGAAUAAUAAACUAAAUAUUUCCCAUCGCACUGUUUAAGUCUGACUAUAUAGUAAAUGAAAUAAUGAAUUCACACGACCUUGGCUCUUUUGGGUAAUGUUGAUCGCUAAUUUGACUCCUGAACCACUGAAGUCUGAGUAUCACUGUUUUAAAUGCAAGUUUACAAGUGUGAGUAUGUGUGUAAUGUAUUAUGGGUGGGAUUUUCAAAUGAGCCUAAAUUACUUAUAAGUGUAAGUCCCAUUGACUUUCAAU